CCCUCUGAAAGCAGGAAGCUGCAGUUAGUGCAGCGGAUGUGAGUUCUCUCAUAUAUUGAUGAUCUGCGGCGCGGGAGCUCAGCAUCAGUAAUGAGUGAGCAGAGCAUCUGUCAGGCGCGGGCCACCGUGAUGCUGUAUGAUGACGGCAGUAAGCGCUGGAUGCCGGCCGGUUCCGGAGCUCAGGCCGUCAGCAGGAUCCACAUCUUCCAGAACACCAGCAGCUGCAGCUUCAGGGUGGUGGGACGCAAACAGCAGGCCGAUCAGCAGGUGGUCAUUAAUUGUCCGUUGGUUCGAGGGAUGAAAUAUAACCAGGCCACGCCGACGUUUCACCAGUGGCGGGAUGCACGGCAGGUCUGGGGUCUGAAUUUUGGCAGUAAAGAGGAGGCGUCUCAGUUCGCCAAUGGCAUCAUGCAGGCGCUGGACAUGCUCAGCGGAAACACAGACGCCGGUGUAUGUGCGCCUCCUCCUCGACCGCCACAGAAUGGUCCGAGCGCUGAGGAGUUGGAGCAGAAGAGGAGGCAGGAGCAGCAGGAGAGAGAGAGACAAGAGCAGGAGCGUCUGGAGAGAGAGAGGCGGGCUUCUGCUCCUCCUCCUCCACCUUCUGCUCCACCUCCUGCUCCAGCUUCUGGUCCGCCUCCACCUCCCGGACCUCCCCCUGCUCCAGGACCACCACCCCCACCGCCACCGCCACCUCCUUCAGGAGGCGGAGCCCCGCCAGCCCCACCCCCACCAUCUGGAGGAGGAGGUGGUGGAGGUGGAGGUGGAGGAGGAGGAGAUGGAGGUCUGGCCUCUGCGCUCGCUGGAGCUAAACUACGCAAGGUAGCAAAGGAUGACAGUGGAGGACCAGCUCCUGCAGCGAGUGCCAGUUCAGGAGGUGGAGGUGGAGGUGGAGGCAGCAGUGGAGGUGGAGGCGGAGGCGGAGGCGGAGGUGGACUGAUGGGUGAAAUGAGUGCAAUUCUUGCUCGACGAAGGAAAGUUGCUGACACUCCAGUGGUGAAGAAGGAAGAAUCGUCUGGUGAUUCAGCAAACAAUGACUCCAAAGCUGCCGAUGUGGUGAAGAAGCCUUGGGAGAAACCGUCCUCAGUCACACGGGUGAAUUCAGGCUCUAAGACUCAAGACAAGAGUCCAGUCUCUCCUGCAUCUGCGGCUCCGUUGAGCAGGCUGAGAUCCGGCAGCAAUACUGGAGACUCCGCAUCCAAAGACGCUUCAGACAUGGAGAAACUCAAACAGGACAUCCUGGAUGAGAUGCGCAAGGAGCUGCAGAAGGUGAAGGAUGAAAUCAUCAGUGCUCUGCUGGAGGAGCUGCAGAAGAUCAAUGUGGCGUAGAUGAAUAUUAAAGAGACCACAACACAACAGAACACACAUUCUCAUCCGCUUCACUGCCUUUCAGUUCUCUCUCUCUCUCUCUCUUUUAAAGCCUCAUGAUCUCUAUUAAUAUUUUCGGACCCGCUGCUGAGUUGCCCGUUUACUCUGUUUGCUGCACUUUGCGUUUGUGUCUCAGCAAACAACUUCUCUUUUCGUGCAUGUAGCUCUCUAACAUGUAUAUCUUGAAAUAGUGUCACUGGUUCCUGUUGGUAAUAAUGAGAGGUUAUUUAUCAUCUACUGUUAGUUAAACACAAGGGAGUUUCGAACACAAGGGAGAGACGUGUAUAAAUGUAAAAAUACAUACAUGAUCGAAUGUACAAUUAAAAGAAAUACAUCAUUUUAAUUAAUUAAAUUAACAUAAAUCAAUGACUAAAUAUGUAAAUAAACAGUGUUGGGUAAAAAAAGGUUAUAUAUUACAAUUUAUAAUAUAUUUAUUUUUAAAAAGCAAGUUACUUUUAACAAAAGUCAUAAGUAUGUUGUUAAUUUUAAUUUAUGUAUUUUUAAAGAUUAAGAUGUGUGGUAAAGUGUGUGUUUUUCACCCAACACUGUAAAUAAUCACACAGUACACUAUUUCAGUGGCUGAAAACAAGCAUCCCCGUUAACAUUAGUUAAAAACAUUUGCCAAGAUAACCUAAUAAUUAAAUUAAGGCUUUAUUUAUAUUAGUUCGCCUAAUGCUUACUGAAGCAGCUAUUAAAAUCCAGUGUUAAAAUGAAAACUAAAUGUGGUUUAUUAAUGGAACUAAAAACCGAGAUUAUGACAAAAUGACAAGACCUUAUGAAGGUGUUACCAAAUAAAAAAUAAUGAAAAUGUUGUAUCUAAGCUCUUAUUUGAGGGUCUUUAUGAUAAAAAAUGUUGAAAACCCUGCGUUUGCUGAACAUGCAUGAAUUAGACUACUGAAUUUGAUGCAAAAUUGUGUCUCAGGGAAAGUGUUGAGUGUGUGUGUGUGUGCAAACUGUUUUAAUGUUGUAUUUUGUGUCUAAUUAACAAAAAUGUACUGUAGUAUUACCAUGCAUUCUGGUCAUGUACUAUGGUAUUUAUGUGUGAUGAUGAUCUGUGCGAGAUGUCACUGUUUUUGGUUUUUUAACACGCUGUCACUGUGACGGUCAGAGAUCCGCUAUGCAGCUCUUGAUAGUGCAAAUAAAAGUGUUUGGCUCGUUUGAA